AACUUUGUAAGGCAGAAAAUACAUUUAAAUGUUAUUACAAGAGGUGAGGAUGAGAUAUAUCGUUAUUAUCAUUUACACUCGACCGAGAUCCCUGUAUGUCCUAUGAAAGAAUAUGAAUUGGCAAAUUUUGUAAAGACUUUGCUUAUUUUACAGAAUAUUAUCUUCGUCAACAUAUCUUUACUAUACUAUGCGUCUUCAUCAAUAUCACGCAGACAAAUGGAAGAUAGCUCAACAAUUUCAUCCUCAUAA